AGUUCAGUUGGUGAAGUUUGGCCCGAAGCUGCUCCGCCAUUUCAGCAGAGCUCAAACCGACUGCUCCUCACUAACGCGAGGGUUCAAAGAAUGAAAUCUCCCUGGAUCCUGCUCUUCCUCGGCUGGCUGCUCCCUGCGCCUUUGGCUCAGGGUGUUUCGAAGCCUAAUUUCGUCCUGAUAAUGGUGGAUGAUUUGGGAAUAGGAGACCUUGGGUGCUAUGGAAACACAACUCUGAAGACGCCCCACAUUGACAUGCUGGCACGGGAUGGGGUGAAGCUGACCCAGCACCUCGCUGCCUCCCCCCUCUGCACUCCCAGCAGGGCAGCCUUCCUCACGGGCAGAUACCCCAUACGGUCAGGAAUGGCUGCGCAUAGACAUGUUGGGGUAUAUAUCAUCUCUGCAGCUUCUGGUGGGCUUCCUCAAGAGGAAUUCACAUUCGCCAGGAUCCUCAAAGAGCAGGGCUACAUGACUGCUCUAAUUGGCAAAUGGCACUUGGGCCUGAACUGUGAACAUAGCAGUGACCACUGCCACCACCCGAAAGCACACGGCUUCGACCACUUUUAUGGAAUCCCCUUGACUAACCUGCGGGACUGCCAGCCAGGCCACGGCUCUGUUUUUUAUAACGUCCAUGCCCACAUCCCCUACGGCACACUGGUUGCUACCUUGGCCACCUUUUUCUUCCUCCAUGCUACUGGAGUUAUAGCCGUAUCCCGAAGGCUAGCGCUGGGCCUGGUGGCAUUAUUGAUCGUGGCAUUGGCUUUGUUUGGCUUGUUUGUCCUCACCUUCCCCAACUUUAACUGCUUCCUGAUGAGAGGGGAGGAGGUUGUGGAGCAGCCAUAUGUGUCAGAAAAUCUAACGCAGAGGAUGACCAGUGAAGCAGUCGAGUUUCUGGAGAGGAACUCAGACAGACCCUUCUUGCUCUUCUUCUCUUUCCUCCAAGUCCACACGGCUCUCUUCGCCUCUCCACGCUUCCGUGGCAAAAGCCUCUUCGGUCUCUAUGGCGACACAGUCAUGGAAGUGGACUGGACUGUAGGUCAAAUAAUCAAGACAUUGGAACGCCUGAAACUGAAAGAGAAGACACUGGUUUACCUGACCUCAGACCAGGGUCCACACUUAGAGGAGAUAUCAGUCCAUGGGGAGGUGCACAGAGGCCACAGUGGCAUCUAUAAAGCAGGGAAGUCAACCAACUGGGAAGGAGGCAUUCGAGUCCCGGGCAUCUUCCACUGGCCUGGGCAACUACCUGCAGGAAAGGUUAUUGACGAACCCACCAGUAACAUGGACGUCUUCCCUAGUGUGGUGAAUUUAGCAGGAGCUAGUAUUCCCAAUGACAGGCAGAUCGAUGGCCGUGACCUCAUGCCUUUGCUGCAGGGUGGCGUGGAGCGUUCUGAACACGAGUUCCUCUUCCAUUACUGCAAUGCCCAUCUGAAUGCUGUGAGAUGGCACCCUGCUAAUAGUACCUCUGUCUGGAAAGCCUUUUUCUUCACUCCAGACUUUUACCCCAAAAAUGGAACAGCCUGCUUUCACACGCACGCCUGCUUCUGCACUGAAGGCUACGUCACCCAUCACGACCCUCCGCUGCUUUACGAUCUCUCCAGGGACCUGUCCGAAAGCACACCACUGACCCCGACAACUGAGCCUAACUUCACCUCCAUUGUGGAGGUGAUGGUGGAGGCAGCGAGGGUCCACAGCCAGGGCAUAAAGCCUGUGGUGGAUCAGCUCUCAGUUGGCCAUUUGCUGUGGAAGCCCUGGCUCCAGCCAUGCUGCUCCUCUCUCAGCCAGCUGUGCAGGUGUGAACAAGACCACCAGAAAGGGUCUCUGAACACAGAGGUGGAAAUACAUAGCAACUAAAAGGAAGGUUUGUAAAGAUGCCUAAUUUCUUCAGUUGCACCAGCAUCAGGGGGAACUUAUAAAAGCUCAUGUCAAGAGGGACAGUUUGUGCUAAGGUUUGUAGUAAGGAAUGUAAGGUAAUUGGAAAGUUAUUUGCAAAAUCCUGUACAGAGCAACAAAACAUUUAAUCACACUUCACUGAAUGAACUAAAUGUUUUUAAAUAAGAAGCCCCUGAAGGGUGGUCUUUGGCGUGUUCUGUGCUUUGGCAAGCAACUGCUUAGUGGCUUUAAAUGGUGUCACACUUUUUCUAUGUUCUCGAUGGUGCUUCUUGUUAAAUAAUGAAAUAUAGUUUUGUAUUAAAAACAGUGUAUAUUGUU